AUGUCCAAUGAUAACUUGGCGAUUGAAAUCGACCCUCCGGACGAUGUGGAGUAUGAUGUGGAAGCAGGCUUCAACUCUUCCACAUGCCAUUUAAUGCACAAUUUCGAAGAGGAACGUCCAACCUCUCUCGUAGCCUCCAUAAAGGAAAGUGCCAUUAGCUCAAAGCGAAAACUAAAAUACUACUGCUCGUUCAUAUGCACCCCAAUCAAGAAGUUGUUAUCCACUUUCAAACUACUCAUCAUAAUCGGUCUUUACUCAUUUAUUGGCGCUCAUAUAUUCAUGUACUUGGAAGUUCCAACUGAUUUAGAAGCAAGAGAAGAUGGAUUUCAUCAAAGAAAAAUAGCGAGGGAAGUGAUGGUGCUGAAUCUCCGUGCAAUUUUCUACGACAACCGCGAAGAUCGCGAGGAACGAUGGAAGCAUGCCAUUUUGAAGUUCGAAGAGGACAUUGGCUUAGAAGAACCUGUCAUUGAAACUGUAUGGACUUUUUGGAUGUCUUUCCUCUAUGCAGGAACUAUUUUCACAACAAUAGGAUAUGGAAACAUUGCAUGUAAGACGCGUGCUGGCCAGAUAGCUACAAUGGUAUAUGCUUUUGUCGGAAUUCCGAUCAUGCUGGUGAUGCUCACCUCGCUCAACAAUUUUUUGUUAAAAUGGAUAAAACUUAUUACGAAUGGAGUUAGUGAUAUGACGCUUUAUAUUGGUGUUCGCUUGGGAAUAACAGUUAUUCGGCAGGACGAAGUCCAGAAGCGCCUUCGCUACACAAAACUUGCCAAGACAAUGAAAAGGUGGAAACUUUCAAAACACGGAGCUCCAAGUAGUAUAGCGAUUAGCAAUUCGGAAGAAAACCGGUUAAAUUCAACACCUGAAGACGACGAAGAAGAGGAAGAAAUUCAUCAGGAUCCUCCAGUUCUUUCGACUCUAAUUGCAACUGUUGCCUGGAUUAUUCUUUCGGCUGCUGUGUUUUGUCUUUUUGAGGACUGGACAUUUUUCACCAGUUUUUAUUUUUGUUUCAUCUCUCUGACAACAAUCGGUCUUGGAGAUGUGACACCUGCUAAUCCAGAAUAUAUGAUUGCAACAUUUGGAGUUGUGAUUGUCGGUUUAUCAAUGCUCACUGUCUGUAUCGACGUCUUACAAGAAAAACUUGCUCAAAUGUAUAUGGCUCUACUUCAGAAGUUAUUGACAGAGUACAUGGAAGCUGUGAAAAGCGGAGACCCAAAUGCUGCAUCAGCUAUGAUGGCUGGUUUUCAAGGAAGGGCAAAGUUUUUGAUGCCGUUGAUUAGUAAAAACGAAGGAGCAAAAGUUAUGGAUAAGUUCAAACAAGAUUGUUCAAAGAAGGGAAUCGAUCCACCACCGGUUUUAACAAAUAUCAACCCGGAGACCGGAAUGCCAGCUUUUGCAAAUGCUCCGAAAGAAGAUUUUAGAGAUUAUAUUGAAGUUGCAGAUGAAAAAUUUGCUGAUGAACAACAGAGGCUCUCUCAAACCCCGUUAUCAAAAUCCACCGACUUUUUACAAUCACCCACACCACGUCCAACUGUCACUGUAGCUGUUACUCAAACAGCUAGACCACAGGCAUGCGUAUCACUAGAAGUACAGGCUGGAACCACAAUGGGAAAGUUCCAUGAUUAUGGAUCACAGACACAGACGGAAAGUUCUGACGAAGGAAUUCAGACGGAUUAUAGCAUUGAUUUUGAUGAUGAAAAAAACAAGGAGCCAGAGAAAGUUAUGGCGGACAUUGGCACUCAAUAUGAAAUCGUUCUAUUAACAAGUAUUGGAAUUCAACCAGAAGUCUCAUCAAUUUAUAUUGGAGCCGGCUUAUCUGAUCAUUCGGACGAAGAAAGUGGAUGUGAAUCAGAAGACGAUUCGGAUGACUCGGAUGUAUCAUCCGAUGAGGAAAGUGAACUUAAAUCUUCUGCGAAAUACAAAGAAACACCUCUUCCAUUUGAAGUCGAAGAUCCAGGAAUGAUGUCGCUCGGAUUACAGUCUCCACCAAUUGAAAUAACUCCCUUCACGGAUGAUGAAUCAGCUGCAAGCGACGCAAGAAGUUCUCCUGUCCCACCAACAUCUUCCAAGCGAUCCAAGUUGACACCAAAGACUAUAAAAGUUGGCAAAUCGUUAUCAAUGGACUCGACUGAUACAGUUAUUCAUGUGAAACCAGUUGGCGUUAAUGAUGAUGAGAAAAGAAGUGAAGAAAAAGAAAGUAAAGAUCAAGAAACAAAUGAUGACCUAAAAACUGAAAGUGGACAGGAGAAAAAGAGAAGAAAGAAAAAGAAGAAGCUUCGUUCAAAGAAGACAAGAGAGCAUGAGCUGAGAUUUUUGAAGAAUAGCGGAAAUCAAGCAUCUCCCCUUCUUAUGGAUUGCUCUACACAAUAUGAGAUAUUUACAGUGGAAAGUGGGUCGCAAUACGAUGUGAAAGGAAGAAGCCGAAAAUGUCAGACAAAACUUUCCAGUAUAAAUCAUGAGCAGUUACAAGGGAUUCGAGAAACAGUUCAAAAGUUGAGAAGAAGAGAAAGUGAAAUGAGUAAGGUGUCGAAUGUUUCUGAAAGUGACUGGGAUAGUGAAACUGGAAAAGAACCGGAAGUCGCUGAAAUCAGUUUAGAUCUUUCUGUAGUUGCUCUCGGAGUUGAUGAAUCCGGGAAAGUUGUUGAUAUUCCUAAGGAAGUACCUAAAGCUGUUCAACGACAUGAAUCAUUUUCACCAACAUCGGAGCUCACCACUGCGUCCGAAUCACUUUCCGCUGAGAAAGUACAUCUGGAUUCAGAAGAUGAGGAGUUAGAAAGUCUUGAAGAACUCGAACUGUAUACCACAGACGCCGGAAUUCAGACUGAAACAAAGGUCAUGCUGGACAAGCAAGAUAAUGCAACUCCAAAGUUGCUGGAAAUUAUUAAAAACUGCAGCACUCAGACAACAUUCAGCACAUUCCACAUUCCGCAGAAGGUAUAUGAGUCGGCGAGCACCUCAAGUGACGAGGAAGAUCAUAAAAACGAUGGUGAAGAUGAAAAACAGAAGAAAUCUAAACAGGAAGUGUUCUUUAUGACCAACACUGGAGUACAGACGAUGCAUACAUCGUUCCAUAUUGAUGAAAAACCGAAAUUUGUUGAAGAAAAUCUUCAAACUCAAAAUACCCACGACGGCAUAAAAGAACAAAGUGCCGUUGAUGAAGAAAUGCCUCUGUUCUUAAAAAAUUCGGAUUGUCAAACCGUUGAAGUAAUAUCAUUCGAAUGUGCCACAUCAACAGAGAAUGUUAGUUUUGUUGGAGACGUUGAAACUUCUGAAGGAUCCAGUCAGACAGCCAUGCAAGUUUCUGAAACUGAAGUACAAACAAUGCAACAAGAAUUUGUGGUAGCAACAAUGCAAACCGACGAGCCACUGUUGGUAUCUGAUGAGUCACAGACUGAGCAAACAAAAUCUUCGGAAAUUGAUUCUCAAACUGAUCCACCAUCCACAAAAUCAUUUAUAUGUCAGACAGAAUUGAUAACAAGCUCGGAAGUUGAAGUUCAAGCAGUUCGAGCUGUAGAGUUUUCACUUGUCGAAUGCCAAACAGAUGCGCUAAAUCAUGAAGAAGUAGAAGUUCAAACAGAACUGGAUAUUUCGGUUUCGCAGUCCCAAACUGAUAAUGUUGAUGUAGGCCACAUUGAAAUGCAAACUGAUAUGACAAUAACAAAUGCAUCGGAAUCUCAAACCGAUGUGCUCAGUGUAGGGGACACGGAGAUGCAAACAGACGAGAAAGAAAUAUUCACAAUAGAAUCGCAAACCGAACAACCAUCCACAGAACUGCAAGAGACUCAAACUGACGAUGUUUCUUUUGCUGGCGAUGUUCCAACAACCGACCAAAUCACACAAUCGGAAUCUGCUCAAGUUUUCGAUUCUGAAACUCAAUAUGCUUUAUCCAUAGAAGAAAAGGACGUCCAGGCAACGCCAAUCUCAUUUGAAACUCAGACACAACAUUCCAUUGAACUUGAAGUGAAAUCUUGCCAAACCGAAGGAGUUCGAAUGAAAAACAAAAAGAGUCAGGUAUUCUGGAAUGCUAAUUCAAUUGAUUUACCAAUAAUCUUUAUUCGUGUGAUUCCCUAUUUCCAAAAAAUUUGUUUAGGUAGAAGACGACUCAAUGCUGUCAGUUCUCAAAAUAGAUAGUGAAAGUCAAAUAGAAGUGGACGUUUCGUCCAUUAAUCUUUCUCCAAUUAGAUUAGAUGUCUCCAAUAUGUUCACAAUGACAGAGCCAGGAGCUUCUGAAGAGAAAGAAGUACAAGUUGAUGAGGACUGUUUUGAACCGGAGGAAACUUCACGUAAUUAUUAUGCAGGACCGCUUUGGAGUGAUUUUGAUUAUACGCCGGUGAUAGGCGAAGAUGGGGAAGAAGUUAUGGACGGAGAGACUCAGACACAGGAUGGAAGCGAGCCAGGUGAUCCAGAAUUUGAUGAACAGAGAGGACAGGAACAAGAAGAAGGUGAAGAUGAUAAAGAAAGAGCUCAUGAUCAAACUGCUAUCGGUAGAUCAUCUCGUAGAAAGAAGAUUAGAAAAAGUCAAUGCAUCUCAUCAGAAAACUUGCUGGAAACACCUUCAAGUGUCCAACAAUCAUCAGAUAGUCUUGCUUCUGAAUCAGCAGUUCAAUGUUCCCCCGAAUCAUAUGAUAUGAAAAUCCAAACGUCCAAGUUUAAAAAGAAAAAGAAGGUUGAGAAGAACAUAGAAGCCAAGGUUGAAAUGAGCACUUCAACUGUGCAAGCAACCACUGAAAUGUGCGAGCAAAGUGCUGGAAGCAUUGAAGACGACUGGCUUCAGGUGAAUCAGCACCACUCGGCACCUUCUAUUUCACUAUUGCAGCACUUCUUCUAUGGGCAUAUCUUUCUGCAGAGCAUGUUUAAAAAUUAACUUUCAUUUUCAACUAAUAAGCUUCUACUGUCAAGUUUAAUAGAAAAAGGAGAGAAGUCAAAGAGGAUUGAAGCAAAUUACAAGAAAAAAAAGCUUUUAGUUGUCUAUUUUCUGGACCGUCUUCUCUUCCUUUUUAAAAUAAAAUCUCCGUAACCCACUUUUUUCAGGUGUAUGUUCAAGAACUCGAUGAAGAACGUCGAAUGCGUAUGUCAGACAUUGGCAUACAAACCGGUGUUCUGGCACGUGUUCAACACAUUUAUACCCGUCCAAUAUCUGAUGAUGUGGGACCAUCUUCAUCUGCUCCAAUCACUCUUCGAAAGUCUUCCGACUCCUCGGAACACAUAUCAACGAAAACUGCGAAAAGCAGCGAAGAGUCAUUGGCGCCAUCCGCUUCCGGGACAGCGCUCUCUGCAGCUGAAUCAAUGGAUGAUCAUUUAUGGCCAGAGAGAGCAAGUCCAUUUGCAUCGAGGCAUGGCUCAUUGAAGAGAAGAACGAGGGAACUUGAUCCCGAGAAAAAGGGGGACAAAACAAAUAUUGUUCAAGAUCUACGUGCAAGAUUUGAAAUGAAAUCUCCACCAAAAUCACCACCGAAAGAUGAUGAAGAAGGAACAUCUACGGAUCCCAAACAUUUCUUUUAAUUCCAAUUAAUUAGUUCUAAAUUUGAUUGUUUGCCAUAUGCCUUAUCUCAACUUUUAAUAAAAUAUUGAAUUCAGGGAAGAUGUUUAAAACUGUUAGUGAGUCUCUCAUAAAGACCUAAUUAACAAUUGAAAAUUAGUUUUCUCCUGAAC